AUGGCGACUUGCAGCCCCAGCGUAGUGAUUACUGAUGAUGAACCAGAUUAUGACCUAGAUUUAUUUUGUGUACCUAAUCAUUAUGCUGAGGAUUUGGAAAAGGUGUUUAUUCCUCAUGGACUAAUUAUGGCCAGGACCAAACAGCUUGCUCAAGAUGUGAUGAAGGAGAUGGGAGGCCAUCACAUUGUAGCUCUCUGUGUGCUCAAGGGAGGGUAUAAAUUUUUUGCUGACCUGCUGGAUUACAUCAAAGCACUGAACAGAAAUAGUGAUAGAUCUAUUCCUAUGACUGUAGAUUUUAUCGGACUGAAGAGCUACUGUAAUGACCAAUCAACAGGGGACAUAAAAGUAAUUGGUGGAGAUGAUCUCUCAACUUUAACUGGAAAGAAUGUCUUGAUUGUUGAAGAUAUAAUUGACACUGGCAAAACAAUGCAAACCUUGCUUUUCUUGGUCAAGCAGCAUAAUCUGCAUAAUACGAAGAUGGUCAAGGUCGCAAGCUUGCUGGUAAAAAGGACCCCUCGAAGUGUUGGAUAUAGACCAGACUUUGUUGGAUUUGAAAUUCCAGACAAGUUUGUUGUAGGAAAUGCCCUUGACUAUAAUGAAUACUUCAGGGACUUGAAUCAUGUUUGUGUUAUUAGUGAAACUGGAAAAGCAAAAUACAAAGCCUAAGAUGAGAGUUCAAGUUGCGUUUGGGAACAUCUGGAGUCCUAUUGAAAUCAUCAGUAAAGUUAUCAAAUGUUCUAGUUCUGUGGCUGGCUGCUUAGUAGAGCUUAUUGCAUGUAUAUUCUAAGAAUUUUAUCUGUUUUGUAUUUUUGAAAUGUCAGUUGCUGCAUUCCUGAACUCUUUAUUUGCAC